UGUUUUUUGGCUUUUUACCGCUAAGGGUGGUGAAACAGUCUAUGUAAUAAAAGAUACACAUCAAUGUAAGUUAUUCGGUAAUUUCAGAAUAGAAACUAUUUUGUUUUGGGUGAAAUAUUUAAAUCAGGUACCCAUUGAUUAUCAAAUCUAUUUUUGAGAGCCCUUGCAGUUAUCGCAUGAUAAUCCCCAAAAAGGUCAUGAUAAGCUAAUCGCCCAAAAUAUGCAAAGUAAGUCCACGAAUUGUUGUAAAAUGUUUUCUGAUAAAAUAUUGAAGAUAAGACAAUAUUCAGGUUAACCAAAUUAAGUUAAUCGGAUUAAGAACCAAAGAUAGUACCAGAAUUUCAAUGGAAUUACUUUGUAUUUUUGAUACAAGCCCACAAGUAGUUUUCCUAUUUAAUACUCUUAUUCGGGGUCAAUAUUUUUCAGUUCUCAUUUUACCGUGUAGUCAGAAAGAUCUUAACAAAGAAAUGGUUGACCCUAACAUUUUAAAUUUAAAUGACGAUUAUCUCUAUCAUAUAUUAAAGUAUCUAAGCAUUAAAGACCUCAUAAAUCUAGCCGAUAGCUCUGUUAAGUUUCGACACAUAUUGCUGAGUAGACCGCCGGCUUUUUAUCCAGUUUCCCAUGUUAGCCAAGCCGAUGGCAUUAAACCAGUGUUAUAUUACUCCACGGUGGCCAUUAAACUCAUGAGAAUCGUAUCAAAUAACGUAAAAACACUGGGAGUGAUACAAGGACAUGACUAUGAUAGAGAGGAUCUUGGCAACGUCGUUCGAGAUUUUCGAAUUCUUACAAAAGCAAAAAACAAAAUAGAUCUGCGACAUUGCCUUGGAGAAAAACCCAGACUUGAGGAUAUGUUUCGAUUUUCCUCCUAUACUCGUGACUAUUUGAGUGUAAACAUACCUUCUUGUAUUUGUUACCUUGAGGAGUUUUUUCAACUUAUUCCUGAUUUGCGGGAACUACGACUUUCCGGAUUCGCCAAGUGCUCCGGUUGUGUUCGACUUAUACUAAAAUGCUUUCCCAAGCUGGAUGAACUCUGGAUUCGGGGAACCUGCCUGAAACUUCCAUCUGAUUAUGAACUGAUAUCACAGAUGGGCUCUUUAACGAAACUCUCACUUAAUGUUGGUGGACCCAAUUGCUUAGCACCUUUGGCCAAUUUAACUGAACUUCGAUCUUUGUAUGUGGAGAGUAUAUUUAGCUACAUAUCGCCAGUAGAAAUUAUAGAAAUCAUACAGAAGUGUAAAAAGUUGGAGUUUCUGUACUGCUAUUAUAUAAAUCAUGGCCAACAGCCCCAUGAUUCCAUUGCAAAUCUCUUUAGGAGAAUUAAGUCGAUCCGAGAUCCAAGCCAACAGAAUCCACUUCAGUUGCAUACAUAUUUGGACCCACCUUUGUCAGAAGAAAAUAAAAAGCUGAUCGAUAAGGCUUACUUCGAAUAUCGCCGCCAGCCCUAAAAUUUUAACCCAAUAUAUUCAUUUCAAAUAGAAAUCGAUAUUUCAUUUAUAACUAACUAUUAUUAAAUU